AUGACCCGAUUCUUUUGUGCCGGCUUCUCGUCCCACGUCAGAUUGGCUGCAAUCAAGAACUGUGCUGGACAUACAAAAGCAUUUCUUGCAAUCGUUCAUCCGGACAGGACCAAUUUACUGCAUCAAGUCCCAUCCUCGAGCGAUGGACCCUCCUCCUACGGAGUACGAAGUGGUAGUGAGUACUGCGUCACUGACCUGCUAAGAGCACCCGCCAAGGAGGCCCAAAGGGUCAUCCUUGUCGGAGCCUGUAAAGUAGGACUGUUCGGCGGCAGUCUCUCGGCCGUCGUCUCGCCUGCGCCAACCGCGGGCGCUGGGACUCUGGUGGAAAUGACUUUGGUCGUGACUCUCGUCGGUUCGAGUGCUUUGCAAGGCCUCCCGGGCUGCCCUCGUAUUCAUCUUCCUCAUCUACCUCAUCCGCGUGAAGUAAAUAGUCGUUGCGGUCUCACGGACCAAUCUCCGACGAGCGCACCUUUCCUCGUCCGCUUCUAA